AUGGAUGGAUGGUUAGGAGAAAAAGUAGUUCCAAUGUCAAGUAGAAAACAAUACAGUUAUGCUAUUUUAGAACCAGAUGAGGAGGGUGUUCAGAAGGUUUCAUUUCUAACAACCGGAAACAAAGGGUUUAUGGCAGGACGAGAAUUCAUUCUGAUUUGCGGCGUUUGGAUCAGGAUGUUAUCUUCUUCAUCAUCAUCAGGUAUGAAUAUUCCUGUGGACAAUAAUUCUUCAUCAUUAUCAGCGACAAAAGUAGCCAACAAUUCUGAUGUUUUAUCACAAAUUCUAUUAUGUCUACCUGUAAAAUCUCUAUUGAUCUUCAAAUCUGUAUCCAAAAAAUGGUUAUUUUUAAUAUCUGACCCAUAUUUCGCUAAGAAUCAUUCUUGUCGGAAGACCAGCUUUAAAAUCCCUGGGUUGUUCAUACAGAAAUUAAGACGUCCUUCAGGUCCUCCUGAUGAACCAGAAUUUGAAUUUCCUUUUAUCUUCCUUAACAAUGAUGAUGCUAUUACCGGUGGCGGAGGAGUCCCCCUAAAAACCCUAGAUUUUGUGGAAGUGCCUCCGCGAAAUUCGGAAGGUCCUAUUGUUGAAACUAGCUUAAGAAUAGAACAUUCUUGUAAUGGUCUAUUAUGUUGCACUAGGAUAACAUCUCAGACGGCCAAGGAGCCGCGUAUCGUAAUCCGCCACAUUUACAUUUACAAUCCAACCACAAAACGAUACAAAGCUCUUCCUCGAUCCCCCUUUAGAGAUGUCGUCAAAUAUUAUUGGAAUGGAGUUAAAAGUGUAUCUUUAGCUUUUGAUCCAAUCAAGUGA